CCGCACUCGAGCUGAGUCGGUUUUCGUCUGCUUGGCAGCGCAGUUCUGAAACGCGUUCAAUUCGUUGAAAAAUAAGCUCGGUUCGCUGGCUCGGUGGUUUCGGUGGUUUCGGUGCUGUGCUGUCGCACUAAAAGCCAGAAAAACAAAACAAAAACAAAAAUAAAAAAAUAGUUUCAAGUUGAUUUUCCUGAAAUACGUUUUCGACGUUGUGCUCGCUGCCAAUUCGGGAGUUUGGAUUUUUUUUACCACAGUCCAGCUCAAUUGUGUAAUAUCGGGGCUCUGCGUGAAAAUCGUGAAAAUUUCGAAAGUGCGCAAUCGAUUACACCAAGCACAAUUUGGAUACACACGCUCACAGCAAACAGGAAGUUUUCCACUCAUUUGGCAAGAUUCAAAAUUAUAGAUCAAUUGAAGAGCUCAAAAUUAGGGAGCUGUGAUUGAAAUCGCUGCAUUUCUGGAAUUCGAACAACAGACCCGACAAAAUCCUAUUCUGGCUAACAUGGACGAGGCAAAAUUAAUGAACCUGCGGAAUGGAUUUACGAAAUCAUUGGACGAUCAUUGUCAGCUUAUAACUGGCACAAAGGAUGAGUCGCCCAUGCAAAUGUUCUACAAGGAUAAGGGCGUCUUUCUCACUGGCGGCACUGGAUUCUUUGGCAAAAUUAUUAUUGAGAAACUGUUGCGUGUUACGGAGGUGGCCCAAAUAUAUUUGCUGAUACGCACCAAAAAGGGCAAGGAUGCCCAUGCACGCAUUGAGGAUUUGUUCAAUGAUCCGGUCUUUGCCAAAAUGAAACAGGCCAAUCCAAAGUAUCGCUGUCAGAUCACAAUCAUCAGCGGUGAUUGCUCGCUGCCUGGCCUGGGCAUCUCCCCGAACGAACGCGAGAUCAUCAAGGAGAAUGUAAACAUUGUGCUACACAGUGCCGCCACAGUGCGCUUCGACGAGAAGCUCAAAAUGGCAAUCGCAAUCAAUGUGCAUGGCACAAAGGAGCUAAUCAAGCUGGCCAAAGAGAUUGUUCACCUAAAGGCUCUCGUGCACGUCUCGACCGCAUUUGCCCAUUGCAAUAUGCGCUAUAUCCAGGAGAAGUUCUACAGCGGCCCAAUGACUGGCGACAAUGCCUGCAAGCUGACUGAGUGCCUGGACGAGCACACGCUGAAUACGCUGACGCCGACACUGAUAAAGGGAUACCCGAAUACAUAUACCUACACCAAAGUGCUUGCUGAGAACGUGGUGCAGCAGGAUGCAAAGAAAUUGCCCGUGACCAUAUUUCGGCCAGGCAUUGUUAUCACCAGCUAUCGGGAGCCAGUGACUGGUUGGAUUGACAAUAUGUACGGGCCCUGCGGCGUCAUUGUGGGCAUCGGCUCGGGGGUGUUGCGGGUUUUCACUGGGAAUAUGGAUAACAAAGCGCACAUAGUGCCGGUGGAUUUGUGUGUGAAUGCCUUGCUGGCCAGCGCCUGGGAUGUGGCACGAAACACAUAUGAAACGCCGCCCAUAUAUAACUAUGUGCCUGAUGUGGACAACAUGGUCACCUGGCGCAACUAUAUGGAGACGGGGUUCAAGCACGUCAACGACAUUCCCAUGCGCAAGUCCAUCUGGUAUCCGUGCUUCACCAUCGUGCCAUACAUGUGGCAAUAUCACAUUCUCUGCUUCUUAUACCACACGUUGCCCGCCAUGUUCAUGGACUUAAUUAUGGUUCUGAUGGGCAAGAAGCCAAGAAUGAUGAAAAUCUAUCGCAAGAUACACAAGUUCAGCAACGUUUUAAAGUUCUUCAGCUCAAAUGAGUUCCGGUUCGAUAAUGACAAUGUGCGACGGCUGGCAGACAAAUUGGAUGAGCGGGACAAGCGAAUAUUCGCCUUCGAUAUGCGGGACUUGGACUGGAUAAAUCUAUUCCGGGUCAGCUUAUAUGGGCUGCGCUUGUACGUCGUGAAGGAUGAUCCCAGCAACUUACCCGAAUCCAUCAAGCGCAUUAAGCGCAUGAUGGUUCUGCAUUAUAGCACAUUGGCCAUCGUCUAUUCAUUAACGGCUUGGGCGCUCUACGGGAUUAUCAAGUUUAUUUUCUUUAAAGCAUAGAAUUUUUUAAAGCAUCUUUGUGUAUAUUGUCGAAAAUCAAGGUUAACUUUUGUCAUUUUGUAUUGUAUCUGGAACAUUCUAACUUCGGAUUAGCUUAGUUAUAGUAUUUAGGGCACCUCGACACAUUGAUUACGUUUAGUCCUAUGGUUAAAGCGCUCUAUCCGUUAUUCUGUUUAGUCUUAGUUUGUAAAUGUACAACUUCUGCUAAAGAUGAUCGAUCAAGUAACACAUACUGUGUAUAUAUUUAUGUACGAACCUAAUCGAAUUGCAAUAAAAAUCGCUUUAUAUUUUUUGGGA